AUGUAUACGUUAACAGUUCUACUGAAUAGUCUGAUAAAAUUAAGGAACUUAUCAAAAAUCUUUGAACAUGAAAGAGUAACAAUUAGAGAUGUCUUUGUUGCAGUUGAUGAACUUGGUGACAAUAAUGGUACUAUAUCUAUAAAUGAAUUCUAGUCAUUUGUUAGAAGAUUUGGUAUGGAGUUUAGUAGAGAAAGAGUUAAUGAAAUUUUUGCACAUAUUAAAAAUAAAAAAUAAAAGCCAGGUAGAAUUGAAAAAACAGAUGAUAUGAAUUUAAAUAUAGAAGAGUUCGAAAAAGCAUUUGAAUAUGUUAAAGAUAAGAAAACUUCUAUGUCUCUCGAAAAGUUAGGCGUAUCACCUGCACUUCUUUUUAUCACACUUGCUACAAGUGUACUAAUUCUAAUACUUUUAUUUGUAUUUAUAUUCUUUGGUAUUAAUGCUUUUGCUAUGGGAGGAACAUUUGGCUCUAUUAAAAACUCUCUUAUUCCAAUGAUUGCUACUGGAGGAUAUGUAGGAUCACAAGAAAAUAUAAAAGAUAAAUUAAAAGAAGAAGAAAUUUCUAAUGCUAUUUAUGAAACUCAAGCUAUCAUUCAUUCUGAAAAUAUAUGA